AGUUUUCAGAACUAGUCAUAGUCAGCGUCGGAACCUGUGCGUUAUAUCGUGGACAGUUCGCGUUGUCCGCUUUCUGAGUGCAGCAACUCUAUGAAUUCAUUCGAAUGCGCGAUGGAUAGUGAAACUCGUGAAUGUUGAGGCCAUGCAGCUGUGUGACGCGAAAAUAUGGAUCAUUUUCGUCCUUCAGUCUCGACCACACACGCUCACUGUGGCCUCGCUCAAAGUCAAAACAACGCACGUCAUGCAUCCUUGAGUGCCGGUAAUCUGCACAUAACUCACAACAUCAAUUAUCAGCAAAGAUUGCGUCAUGAAAAUGCAAAUACUGUCUCCAAUCGGAUCCGCGGUGAUGCGGCAGAUCACUCCCGAACUAGAAGGCGUGAUCGACGUCUCGCCAGUACUUCCAGAAGAUCUUCUAAGCAUUAUCACAACUCUUCACGUGGCAGUGAACUUCAGGAGCUGAAUUUCAACCCUUCUAUUUUGUCGCCGUCUAUCGUGAGCGAUGCCUGCGGAUCGUGCGCCUACCAGGGAUCGCCGAAUGUUGUUCAUUGGUUCCGAAGAGGUCUGAGAUUUCACGAUAAUCCCAGCCUACGCUCUGGACUUCGGAACUGUUCAACGUGGAGAUGCGUUUAUGUGUUGGAUCCAUGGUUUGCCGGGGCUUCCAAUGUUGGAGUCAAUAAGUGGAGAUUUCUUUUGCAAAGCCUGGAAGAUCUGGAUAGAACGUUGCGUCGUUUCAAUUCAAGAUUGUUCGUCAUUCGGGGACAACCGGCAAAUGUUUUUCCUAAAGUUUUUCGGGAAUGGAGGAUCAACAAGCUCACGUUUGAAGAGGACCCAGAGCCGUUCGGGCGUGUUCGUGACCAGAAAAUCAAGACCAUCUGCAAAGAGAUGCAUAUUUCGGUGUCCUGCAAAGUAUCCCAUACUUUGUAUAAACUGCAAAAGAUUAUUGAUAAGAAUGGCGGUCAAGCCCCGAUGACAUAUCGUCAAUUUCAUUCGGUUUUGUCCCAAAUGGACCCACCUCAUCCGCCUGCGGGUACAGUGACGCAAGAAUACCUUGAUAGACACUGUCCGAAAUCUGUUUCGCCUAUUGACGAAGAUCACGAUGACAAAUACGGCAUUCCUACGCUGGAAGAACUGGGGUUUAUCACGAGCGGACUGAAACAGACUUUGUGGCCUGGUGGAGAAACUGAAGCCCUGACGAGGCUAGAACGACAUUUGGAACGUCGGGCCUGGGUGGCGAGUUUCGGGAGACCCAGAAUGACCCCGCAAUCCCUGAUGGCGAAUCAAACUGGACUCAAUCCGUAUCUCCGGUUUGGUUGCUUAUCGCCGAAAACAUUUUAUCAUCAGAUGUCCGAAUUGUAUCGCAAA